AUGAAGACAACGGUGCUGUGUAAGUCGUCCUGGGCUGUAGUCCUGGAAAACAAAGCCAUAAAAAGCCUUUAUCGAACACCCUACACUCUACCCUCCCUCAAGCCUUUCCCUAAGGACUCGCACUGUAAGGCCGUAAUGCCUGCGAUUUGCAAGUUGGUGAGUCCUUGCUCGCGAAGGUCAUGGAUGGCAGCGGGGCCUACGGCAUUGUGGGCUAAGGCUCGGGCACUGAACUGCGGCUUUCGGCGGCAUCUAGCGGCCGCCUUAGCGCCCGCAUCCCCCCAACACGCGCAGCGGCGGUGGUAUUUACCACCUGUCAACAAAAACCCCGAGGAGUUCUCGCCGUAUGUGGAGAUCGACCUACCGACCGACACCCGCAUCGAUACGAUUCGCCGAAGCGGGAUAGCCGAUCAAGAUUGGAUCGUCACGGAGAAAGUCCACGGCACGAACUUCGGCAUUUACCUUAUCGACGAAACAACAAUGCGUUUUGCCAAGCGCAGCGGGAUUAUGGACCCGAACGAAAACUUCUUCGGCUACCACACCCUUAUCGAUGAAAUGACAACGCAAAUUCGCAUGUUAGCGGCGUUAAUCAAGCAGAAGUACGGUAUUGGGCGUAUCGGACGUCUGAUCAUGAAUGGGGAACUCUUUGGUGCGCGAUACAAGCACCCGCUGGUGCCUAAGAGCACAAAGUGGUGUACCAUGCCAAACGGCAAACGGUUCCCCAUCUCCGGGGUGGAAAUCCAGCGCGAGCCCUUUCCCCAAUACAGCCCCGAGCUGCAUUUUUACACUUUUGACGUCAAGUACUCCGUUUCGGGUGCGGAGCAGGAUUUUGUACUGCUGGGGUAUGACGACUUCAUUGAGCUUUGUGCACGGGUGCCUAAAUUGCUAUACGCCAGGGCGCUUGUACGGGGCACUUUGGACCAGUGUUUGGCCUUUGAUGUGGAGAACUUCAAAACGCCGCUGCCGGCACUUCUUGGGCUGGGGAACUACCCCUUGGAGGGGAAUCUCGCGGAAGGCGUGGUGAUACGGCACUGCAAGCGCGGCGACCCCGCGCUGGAGGCCCGAAACGUCUCCACGAUUAUCAAACUCCGCUGCUCCAGUUUUAUGGAGCUCAAACACCCUGGGAAGCAGGAGGAGCUGAAAACCACCUUCUUUAAUACCGUGCGCGCGGGGGCGCUGCAGCGGACCAAAGGCAACCUCACGGUGAUCCUGGAGUCCAUGCUCCCUCAGGUCGAGGCCGCGGCGAAUGAGCUAUUGCUCAACCACGUCAGCGAGGGCAGGCUCAACAAUGUUUUCUCCAAAAUCGGCCGUGAUACGCUUCUUAGAGGCGACGUGACGUCGGACGGCCUGGCCGUGAUGCUCGCCAAGGAUGCGGUAAAGGAUUUUCUGAAGGUAUGUGAUGAGCUGGUGCUGAAUACGUCCCUGGAAUUUCGAAAGACCCUCAUCCAAAGCGCCUACUGGGCCGCGAAGGAAUUAGUCGAGAGCAACUGGAAAUCGCUCCUGUAUCCUGAAGGCAGCGAGGUGGAAACGGAGGACUAUCAUGGGGAGUGA